AUGACCGCAAUUAUCAUUGGAUCUGGCGGCUUGCUUCUGAUUGUGAUUUUUAUCAUAGCGUUAUGUUGUAUCAGAAAGAAAAGAAGGGCUAAGAAGUCAAAGGAUAUGAUAAGACGAGGAUCUGAAUCGCAGAGAGGUGCUAGUAAGGAAAGAAAGAAAAAAGAUGGAGAAGAAACUGGAGAUCCGAAUAUAAAGGUUUUCGUAACAGUAUCUAAGAAACCCAAGGCACGGAAGGGAAAAGCACAAGCUACUUACAUAGACGAAGAUGAUAGAAUAUCCAGGGAAUUGGAUGGCGCGCUAGGUGGCGGAUCGUAUCUGGAAGGCGGAACGAUGGGAAGAGAAAUAAAACCUACAAACUUCGGGAGACGAUCAUUAGGAAGGGAAAACAUAGAAUUCCAAAACCCGAUGGAUUACAGGGAUAGAAGUCCAAAUCCUUUCAUUGAUCCGCCCAUCCCAUCGGAUCUCCGCACCCCUACCGUCCCCAUUCUUCCUCCUCUUCAAUCUCCAGUCUCGGAUUAUGUCAAUAGUCCUACGGUUCCUAUUCUUCCUCCUCCUAUUACACCCAUUCCUGUUUCUCCUCUUUCGCCGCAUUAUCUGGACUUGGAUUAUCGUGUCUCGAGAGCUUCAUUCGCGUCGGUUACCAGUGGCUCGCGUUAUAGUCGUAUGACGACCGGAGAACCGUUUCUGGUGCCGCUGGCGUUGGAUGUGCCGGUGCCUCUUUAUCGUCCUGUCGGGAGUGUGGGUAGAGGGGUAGGAGAUUAUGGUUAUGGUUAUGGGAUGGUUUCUCGCGAUGAGGAAUUGGGGUUUGGAGUGGGGAGGGUGGAUGAGCAGAGGCAGGAGCUUUCGAGGGGGUUCUUUUAG